AUGGCGAUAAAGGCGGUUCAUUUAGAAGUAGUGAGUGAUUUAACCACUGAUGGAUUCUUAGCGGCGAUGCGGCGCUUCAUAUCGAGACGAGGCAUCCCAAAACACGUUUAUUCCGAUAACGGAACGAAUUUUAAGGGGGCAAGCAAUCAGCUCCGAGAGCUAUACGCUCUAUUUAAUUCCGAGGAAUACAAGAAGCGAACGAACAAGUUUUCGGUCGAGCAUUACAUCGCGUGGCAUUUCAUACCUCCCGUGGCUCCUCAUUUCGGGGGAUUAUGGGAGUCUACGGAACUUAACACCUUUGUCGUAGAAGUUGAGGGAAUUUUAAAUUCCAGACCGAUUUCUUCGCUCUCAUCCGAUCCUAAUGAUCCCCUAGUCCUAACACCGGCUCACUGCUUAAUCGGUAGACCCUUGAUUGAUAUGCCUGAGCCUAAUCUGUCAUCUGUCCCAGCAAACCGCUUGACCGUGUGGCAACACAUCACCAAGGUCCGCCAAGAUUUUUGGACCCGUUGGAGUCUGGAGUAUCUUAAUGAACUACAAGUCCGUCACAAAUGGAAAAAGGACGGAAAGGGAAUCACUAUCGGAUCGAUCGUCCUUAUCAAGGAGAAAGGCCUUCCAUGCAAACAAUGGGCGCUAGGUCGAGUUCAAGAAAUCCAUCCCGGCCAAGAUGAGAUAGUGCGAGUGGCGGUCGUGAAAACUGCAACAGGGACUAUGAGGCGAUCCGUAAAAUCUCUAUGUCCACUCCCCAUGGAGCAAGAGCACGGUACCGAUGCCGAUAAAACGUAA